CAUAUGUGUAAUUACAAAAUGGCGGCCGAAAUUUCAUUUCAGGCGAUUGUUCAUUAGCGACUCGUCACUGCAACGAUCAAUAAAAAAUAUUCGCAAAGAGUAUGGAAAAUGUGCAAUAUUGGAUCACCAGCAGAUGCUAAUAAGCACUAUAUGCUUAUUUAUAUUGAUAAUGUUUGUUGAAAACGUAAACGUUUGAAAUAUAUUAAUAAAAAUGUCGAAAUGUGAAGUUUGUACCUGUUGGCAAGCGACGACUAUGAAGUGACACCUUUCAGAUGAGGUGGCCAGAAUAAAAAAGGAAUAAACUCCUCAAAUGCCUAGAAAAAUUGACUAUUACGAAAAAAUACGAUUAUAAAAAUGAACGGUCCGAUUAAAAUGUAUCGAACGAAGCAAAUUGUGCAACAUGAUUUUCCAGUUGAAUUGCCCAAGUGUAUGUACCGCAUGAAAAAUAUUCACGCUAGAAGAAAUGGAAUGGUAGACGGUCCCAAUGAUCACGUUACGUCUUCGGGAGCAAAAUUGGAAAUAUUUAAGCAGGUUAAACAGUUUCUGAAGGUUUUAUAUGUUUUCUUUGUAGUCUGUGCUUUAAUAAUCUAGUUAAGUAGUUUUUAAAGUGUGAAAGUGGCUCUACUCACCAAAAUUUCUUCAAAAAACACAUGCAUGAUACUACAGUUAUCAAUUUUUGCCAACGACUGUCAAAUAACUAAUGAAAAUGAAGGAGGAACUAUUAAUGUCCUCUUAUUGACUUUUUUGUCACCUGAUUAAUUUUUGAAGAUUCUAUUAUGGAUAUAUGUGCAUCCACUUGAUACUUGCUUACUACUAAGGUAUAUUGAAUUUUCUAAUAUGUAGUUGUAGGACCUAUUGAUUUAUUCAAGAUUUUUUUUGUAGAAUAACCAACAAAUUCCUGGCAUGGCUGAAUUACAAGAAAAACAAGCAGACAUCCUAAAACAGCUGGCUGAACUCAAAAAGCAAAUUCUUUCCAUAAAAUCAGAUCUCAAUACCAAUUUUUCAGUGUCUGUUGCAAAAACUGUCUCCACUACUUCUAAACAUAAGGUUGAGACUGGAAGCGCCGAUGGUUUCCCAGAUUUUGUGAUAAAAGCAAGUCCAACAAACCCUCCAUACUCACUAGAAAUUCUUCAAAAGCUGUUAAAAGAUAUAGUGAGUCUCAGUUUUAUAGUUCGGACACACUCAUCUGUACCUGUUUUAACUGAAAAUGCAAAGGAACUACAAAAAAGACUGGUUAAUUUUAAGCCUGAUACUAGUGCUCCUAAGGUUAAUGUGACAUUGAUAUGGAAGUCAGUUGGUGUUGACACAGAGCUACUAGUAGGCUUCCUGCAAAUCAGAGGUGAAGUCAACCUUCUUAGGUACUUAUCAAGAGCAACCCAGUCUCCUCUAACCUACAAUUCAGAUCCAAACAGCAUUGAAGUUGACUCAAUCCUAGAUGUUUGUUACCUUAUUGCAAGGUCUAAAACAAAGGUUGAGAGGGCAGCCUUGUACCAAUGUCUGAACAAAAGUCUGGGGAAAGCCCAAUGGCUGAUUGGAAGCAGUCAAAUCGGCAUUGCGGACUUAGCAGCAUACUCUGCUAUCAAGCAGGUAUCUGGGGACAGUGAUGUUAACGCCACAUUGAAGAAAUGGUACCAGAGAUGUGAAUUGGUUGCUUAGGCUCAAAAUAUGUUAUUUUAUAAAGUGAAAUAAAGACAUUUGUACAUGUUAUUUUUUUAAUUACAUCAGUGUCCAUCCA